AAAAGCAAAGGUUUUUAGCAAAAUCAUUAACAGUUUAUCACAGUGUAAUUUAGCAAAAUGUUCAAAAUUUUCGUCUUGACCGCUCUAUUGGCUUUUGCCUACGCCGACAACAUCGACAAAGAUGCUCAAGUCUUGAGCUUAAAAAAUGAUCCCGCCGAUGCUGAAGGCAACUACGCAUACGCUUUCGAAACCAGCAAUGGCAUCCAACAACAAGAAGCCGGUAAUCCCAAUGGUGUAGCUGGUUCAUACGAAUUCGUCUCGCCUGAAGGUGAAAAAAUCUUCAUUACCUAUACCGCCGAUGAAAAUGGUUUCCAGCCAAGUGGUGAUCAUUUGCCAACACCUCCUCCAAUCCCAGAGGCUAUUCUUAAGUCUUUGGAAUACAUUGCCGCCCAUCCACAACAAGACAACAAAUAGACAACAAGACCAGGGAAUAAGGAAAACGUUUUAGUUGAAUUUGUAGCGAGAAGACAGGAUGUGCAAGUUGCAGUUGGAUUAGGUGCUGGGAAGUAGAAUAUUUCUUAGUUACCAGAAAGAAGUAAAGAGAAAACUAGUCAAUAUGAAAUUGGUUUGCGAUAUUAGAGCUAAGAAAUUUUUGAUUGAUUUUUUUUUUUGUUUGUUAUAGUCCUACUACUGUCCACACCUACUCCAGCUGCAACUUGCCCACUUAAUGGCCAAACUAUUGCAUAUUCUCAAAGAAAAAAUGUUAAUAUUUGGUUGUAUAAGAAAAAAAAAAUUAUGUAAAUGAUUUUCUUUUUACAUAGUAUUAGUUUGUUUUUAUUAUUGUAUUAUUUAUAGGUUAAACAAAAUUUUAUCGUUAUUUUAUUCACAAAUGAAAAAAAGUGACAAGAACAGAAUAAAGAAGAAGAAAGAAAUAUUGAAUACAUGAUCAAAUAUAUUUGAAAUAGAAAAAUAAUUAAA